UACUUUUCACUUCUAAAYCAUAAUCCGAGCUCGACGAGGGUCCGUGAAGGCAGCACGAAGCCUGAAAACAGCAGCGGUGUUCGGUUCAGUUUCACUUGGUCCUCAGCCGACCCACGAUGAUCCUACAGAAACUGCWGGUGUGUUUGUCGACAGCAUGCAGCUGCUGCCAGGUAAUAGGGCUCUACGUCGUGUUCAACAUGUUGUAUUUCUUCUCUCCGAGCUUCGCCAAGAAGCAGAUCUUGAAACGAGGUGAAAAGUGGCAGAUGACCCGGAUCACCAAGUUUAAGUUUGAGGACUGGGGCCCGACGUUCAAGUCCGCGCAGUUUCUCACGUCGGCCUUGAGUGGCUUGUUGCUGUCGCUCGGACAGGAGGCGUUCGUAGGGGGAGAAGCGCCGGACACACCUGUGGUCAGCACGGACGGAGAGAGAACCAGCAUCCACCGCUUUAUGAAAGGAAGCAGGCCCCUUGUCCUGAGCUUUGGGAGCUGCACCUGACCCCCGUUCAUGUUCACACUGGACGAGUUCAAGCAGCUCGUCAGGGAGUUCAGCGACGUGGCGGACUUUCUUGUGGUCUACAUCGCRGAGGCUCAUCCAACAGACGGCUGGGCUUUUCUAAACAACAUUGACAUCAAUCAGCACCGGAGCCUAGAGGACCGUCUUUCAGCGGCCCGGAUCCUGAUCCAGAGCGAUCCCCUGUGUCCCGUGGUCGUGGAUGAGAUGAGUAAUGUUGCUGCCCAGAAGUACGCGGCUAUCCCUGAGAGGCUGUAUGUGCUGCAGGCUGGCAGAGUCAUCUACAAGGGGGGGAUGGGACCUUCUGGCUACAACCUAUUGGAGAUUCGCCCCGUCCUACAGAAGAUUAAAUAAGAACUGAGUCAUCCUACCAAUCAUGUAUGAAAUCAUCUAAUGUAAUCUGUCAUCAAAAUCUGACCUUUUAACUGAAACACAAACCCUGCAUGUAGUUAUAGRACAACUAAUAAAUUAGUAGAAAUAAUAAAAAAAAUGCAGUAAUGUUGCUUUCAGGCUCGUCGACAUUCAGAAAACCUCCACUGAGCUUCAGCUCUGUGUUUUUCUAGUGAAGGCUGCAGAAUAAACCUUUGGCUUCUGUAACCUGAUGAAGWGAAACAGAGUCAUCCUCUCAGGGGUUUGGUUUUAAAGUUUUAAUAGAUGAGUUUCUUCAUAUUGUUGUCAUUUUUAAGUUUUACAUUUCUGAAUGUUUCAGUUAACAUCUGCUGUUUUUUACUGGCAGGAUCAGUGAAGCCWGUUCUGUAAAACAUUAAUGACAGAUUGUUUGUUCUAAUCAAAGCUUUGUUACUAUGUGUCUGUUGGGUUUGCUGUGAGAGUGGAUGAAUUUGUAAAAACCAAACGUUCAUAUAAUGAAWAUCCUAAAACCAAAUGUAUGCAGUGAAAUGUAUUUAGAAAUAUGCUACAGAUUAAGACCAAACCUAUAAAAGUWCACUCAUGCCCUGAUGCUGCUCUGWACACUUUUUUAUGAGUUUAAAACYCUUGUAAAAAUURAGAUUAGAUAGAAGAUUUAAUUAUUAAUGUCUUGAAAAGACUCCAUCUGGAAAAUUUAAAAGAUUUUGCACACAGAUGUAGCUACAACAACAAUGUAAUAUAAUAUAUAAAAUAUAACACAUAAACAGUGCAGCUUUUUUUAGCAGAUUUAUAAAAUUCAAUAAUUUGCAACAGUUGUUGGAAUUUAAAUAUUUCCAUUGAGAAAAAAAUCUGUUUUUUCUUUAUUUCUUUAGUUUUGAACAUGCGUGUCUUUCUGCAUUGUCUAGGGGGUGCUGCAGUACCUUCUGCACCCUUACUUCCAAACAUCUUUGUUACAAUGCAGAUCUCUUAAAACUAAUUUAAUGAAACUUAACCGUUAAAAAGAAAGCAGGCCUUUUUGUAUUAACUGAAUGAGGAAAAGAUGUGUGAUAUUUUUAUUUAAAAUAAACAAAAAGCUAUUUCAAGAUCGUACAGAAAAACCUGGCUUUAAAUGCCUAAUUUAUGCUCAAAAUGCUGUUUUGCUGGUCAUAGUUUGUUGCCACCAAAUAAUUUUUUAAUAAACCGAUAAUAAGCUUAAAAAAACCUGAAUGAAAAUAGAUAAAAUCCCAGUUUUCCCCACAAACUCAUUAAAUAGACUAAAUAUGUUGUGCCCCCUCCUCCAAUUAUAUCCCUAUUCGAAUGAUCUCUGUGCACUAAUGUUUUAUUGGGUUUUAGAAUCCAGUUUGUUGUGUUGAAGUGAUUACAUUUCCCAACUUUAACCUCUGCACGCAUAAGUUUGAUUUGUGGAACAUUGUGUUCAGACUGUUAGGAGUUAAUGUGUAACUGAUCCAUUCAGUGUCCCUUCAUGUUUCUUAAAUGUUUGUUUUUAUGGGUCAUUGAGGCGUGGCUAAAUCAGGUUGCUGUAACUAAAUAAUAUUUUUACUUUUAUUUAAAAAAAUGUUUUAUUCUUGUUUCAUUGCAACAGUUUCUCUUUAUAAACAUUAGAUUGGAAACUUGUUCACGGUGUAUUUUUGGUUCAGUGGGUUUUAAUUGGUCAAUAAAAAUGGCUGCACUGCUGUAAAUGUGA